CUGUGUUUUGCAAGAGAAGAAUGGGGAGAGAAAGUGUGUACUUUUUUUGCUUGGGGGGGUCCACAUAGGCGAUCACAUAGGUAGUAGAGUGGAGGGAAAAAGGAUUGAAGCAGUGGACAGACUCAACAAAAGCAUACUUUAGUUUGAUUUAUAAGAAUUCAGUUCUCUAUUCAGCAACAGCGACUGAGAGGACAAGACAGAGAAGGAGGAGGGGAAAGAUAAGUGUCAAUCUGUUGAGACUUGUUUGGGAAUUCAGGAAGGAGGUGGAGGAGAGAGAGGGAGCAAGAGGGAAAGGAAACAUUACGUUUUUCACAAGAGGUAAACUAGUGAGAGAAAAAGAAAAAGGCUAUUUUGAUUUGAAAAAAGGAGCGCAUGUGUAAUGUCACCUAGACAAUGUAAAUAGAGGGAAUGAAUUCUUGUGUGUUGUGCAAUCCCAUGCUUUCGAGCUGAGCCGGACUGGGGAGGGGACCACAGAUCUCCCCAGGAUACUACUUUCAGGUUCUCCAAAUUAUGAGAUCAUGGGGACAAAAAGGCCCGGCUGCACCAUCUUUGACACUUUAUCUAAGAUAAACACUGACCGCAAACUUCAGCCAGGUGGAAAAAUUUCCCGGGAUCCAAGUCCCAGAUCAGCAAUGACUGCCCAGUCGGAGCGAGAGAGAGACCGCAAACGAGAGGAGGACUGGAGAGAAAAAGAGAAAAUGAGGGACAAAGCAAGACACAAAGAUAUGGACCCACAGGGAUACUGUGAAAGUUACCGAGCUCCAGUGGCCCGACUGAGAGAGGGACAAAGAGAGUGGAGGAAGAGGGAAAGGAGGCAAGAAGAUGACAGAAGCAGAAUCGAGAGGUCGCUCUUGAAUAUAGAGAAGGAGACUGAGAGAGCGGUAGAGUGGGGGAUGGAGAAAGGCGACACAUUUCCCAGAAUGAGAAAAAGCAGCGCAGAUAGUGGCAGAAGAAUGGUGGCCACCACUGAGAUGGACGAAGAGAGAGGGGAAAGGAGGCAUAGAGAUAGGCCGAAAAGAGUAGAGACAGAUAAAGACUGUAAAAGAGAAAGAGAGAGGGAACAGUGGAGAGAGAGGGAUAGAAAGAGAGACAGAGAUGAGAUGUGGUUCAGGGCAAAGGGAGAGGGCAAAAACAUUGGACAAAGACCUGGAGAAAAUGAGAAAUGGCGACAGAGGGAAAGGUAUCAGGAGUCUGAUGUAGGUUUUCAAGACCGGAGAAGAGAAUUGGGAGAUUUAUGGGACAGAAGAGAGAGGGAUGAAGCUAGAAAAAUAGAAAAGCUAAGUCCUAACACAGGAAAGAGGCAGGUCAGGAUGCCUUCUCCACACAUAAGAAGAGAUGGAGAGAUCUACUCGGUUAGUAAGGAGAGAGAAAAGGUGCACAGGAGAGAAGGAAGGAGGGACACCAGGAGUGAAGGAGACAGUGACGAGAGAGAGAUGAAGAGGAAAAGAGAGAGGAACAGAAAGAAGGAGGAGUUGAUAUAUCAAUACAGUAGAAGUGAGGGGGACAACACAGGCAAAGCAGAGAGUGAGAGAGAUCAAGAUAGGCAGGGAUGCAGGGAAGCAGACACUCAGAGAUACAGAGACAGAGAAAGAGAAGUGGAUCAAUCCAGGAAAAUGGGAGUGGAGAGGGAUAGGGAGAGGUACAGAGAGGUUGACAGGAGAGCAGCGAGGGAGGAAGAAAGAUGGAAAGAAAGUGUGAGAGACUUGAAGGAUGACAGGAACGAGGGUGACCGAUACAGAGAGUAUGAGCAGCGGAGACGCAGGGAGACAAAGGAAAGAGAGGCCGAUCCUAGGUGGGAUGACACAAAGAACACAAGGAGCCGAUCCCUGAGCGAGACGGCUCCUAGGGGGCCACCACAAAACCAGAGUAGCGACAUGGACAGUGAGACAAAAUAUAGAAGAGGCAGUUAUGAAGAGAGGGGAUCAGGGAGAGAGAUGAUUACUGGAAGUGAAAGAGUGGUAGAAAAACAGAGAAAUCCUGAGGGAGCUGCUCAAAGAUGUCUAAAGGAGCAAAAAAGAAGUGAGAGACAAGAGAGCGAUAGGGGUGAAAAGACAGGCGGCGGGCCAGAACAGAGAAGGAUGUGGUUAGAGCCACAGAGGGGCAAGAUUAGUAAAGAAGAUUUUUUAGACAGAGACAGACACACAAGGGGGGAAGAGAGGAGGAGGAGAGAAGAAGAGAGGAGUAUGGAGUCACAGUCUGAGUGGGGAAGAAAGGGGCGGGGAAUAAAAGAGGAACCAGAUGAGAAUUACUUGGACCAAAAUAGUUACAGGGGAAGACACGGAGGGAGAAAUGAGUACAGGGGUGACAUAGAUUGGGAGACAGAGAGUGUAAGUGUAGAUGGAGACGAGGUGGGUGAGGUCUGGGGAGAAGUAGAUAAAGGUGGGAAGGAACAUCUGUCUGACAGCGAUGGAGGGAUAGAGGGAAGCCAGCGGAGGGAUGCAGAGAGAAAGAACGUGACAGAUAAACCAGAGGAGAGUGACAGAGAGGAAGAGGGUGGGAGCGAUUAUUGUCCUCGCUCCGAGAGUGAAGGAGGAAGUGAGACAGGGUGGAAGCAAGAGAAAGACAGGAUGCUGUCAGGAGAAGACGGCUUUGUGACCGUGUCCAGCGGCGGAGACGAUGAGGACGAGAGAGAGGACGAUGAUGGGGAGAUGUUUGAGGACUGUCAGGAAUUCUGGGAAGGGGGAGUUACAUGUGAGGGCCCCUCACCUGUUGCCAUCAAGGUGUGUGAGGGUGACAAGGAGAAGGAGGAGGAAUGGACAGUGGGAAAGGAGGAGGUGGUUGAUGACAGGGAGGUACAGGGGAGGGAUAAGCGGCCAAAGUACGUCUACUGUGUGAUUGGGCAAACGUUGCCCCGAUCAAAAACCAACAAGAGGUCACCAUCACAUGUUGAUCAGAUUGGAGGAGUGGAAAGAGACGACCCAAAUUUAGCAAGCAGUCAUCAUUGUAGUGAUGACACCAUGCAGCAACCUCAGGUUGACCUGCAUCUGACACUGAGUAGAAAUGAUGAAUACCGAAUCAUCAGCAACCAGGACACAGAGAGCAAGAGUGAGUGUAACGUGCCACAGGAGGAGAGGGUGGCAAUUGGAGAAACAUCUGAGGUGGAUAUCAGACUCCAAGUGUCAUCAGUGCUUCGAAAUACAGAGACUGGAGAGGUAAUGAGGAGCAAAAAGGAGCACCCGUAUGCGGAAUUAGGGACAAUUAAAAGAGACUCACCGACGGAAAGACUCCUCAUAGACUGGAGAGAGAAAAAUAAAGAAGGGGUGGAAAGAGAGCAGAUUUCACCAAUCCCAAGUAAUUCCUGUGGUGAUGUUUGUACUCGUGUGAAUUUUGAACAAAUUCAACCCAUCUUGGAUGGGAUUAACAUUGGAGUGAUAAGCCCAGAAGAGGUGGAGGCUAUUCGGAUCAGAAUGAGCAGAGCAUGGAGCAUGUCCGAGGAGCCCACCCAGCGUCAUUCCCAAGCCCCCCAUCUUAAAUGGGCUGAAAAUGUGGUGCAGGAGAUUCUGGGAUGCUCAGAAGAAGGGACCGUGGGAAGAAAGAUGGAUUAUGCAGAGGUUCAAGCUAAUAGAGGGGUCGACCAAUCUGAGGCAGCAAUGUUGAAAGACAAACGCCAGGACGAGGCUGCAGAAGGGACUGGAGAGAUUCCUGUUGUUAGGUUGACAACAGACGAACAGCACUCAGAGCCAGAGCUGGAGGAAGAAGAGCCAUUGGAGGUGGAGGGAUUGAGAGGUAUGGGGCAGAGCCAAGCUGACGUGCAUGCUGACCAGUUCACAGCUAUACAUGGUGACACACCUACAUACACUCAUGGUGACACAACGUUAGACACAGAAGGGAAAGAGGAUCACAGUAUGGACAAAGAGACUGAGCCUUCUGGUCACCUUCAGUCAGAAAAAACAUACAUAGAAGUGAAGAUUAGUGAAGAGGCAGGAGAUGAGGUUAAGGUAUCAGAAAUGAAAAAAGAAGGAGGCAGAAAGAAGGAAGUUGAGAUGAAUUUAACUGUGAGCAACAUGCUAUACAAGCCUCACAGCUGCCCCUUUCUUAAUUAUGAAUGUGACUCUGACCUUUUCAUUCCCUCCAGAGAGGGUGAGGCCCAGGAGGUGGAAGACAGAAUGGGUGAAAGUGAAGAGGAAAGGCAGGGAGGGGAGCCCAAAGAGAGGGGUACUGCAGAGGACGUGGGAAAGAUGAGGGAGGGAGAGGGAACUGAGGAGGAUAACAGAAAGGGAGAGGUGGUGGCAGAAACGAUAAAAGAAGGGGGGACUCUGACAAGCAGCUUCAGUGUCCAAGAUUUGGUUCGGGAAGCUCUAUCAAGAAGAAGGGGGAUCCGUAAAACCACUGAAAGAAGAACCAAAGAGCUUGUAGAAGAAGAAGGUGUUGGAAGGGAUCGCAGAACCAGAAUAUUCUCUACAUCAGAUGAUGAGGAUGAUCGGAGCAAAAGCUGGGGAGAAGCAGACCUGAGGACUGUCCUGUUCGACAGACGGAAAAGAAACUCAAAGUUUUUCAACGCUGCUCAGCUCUACCAGCAGUACAGCGAGGCCGCUCAGAACUUUGAAAUCCUGCGUCAGGCUCGCUCUGAUGCCCUUUCUGUAUGCGAGGACAGUAAUGCGUCUCCUGCUCCCUCACCUCCUCCUGCCCGCAGACCUCUUCCUCCCCUACCUCAUUUCCUACACCCCCACUCCUUGUCCCACACAGGUUCCUUUACCAGUGUCAAAAGCUUGCCUCUCCCUGAGCCCCCCAAGACUGAAGGCAGGCCUCCCUCCCCACGUCUAUCCCUCUCUCUCACACAGUCAUCCACACUGUGGAGGGACCUGCCGGGGGUCAGGAACAGUUCUGAGCUGGAAGGGCUCACAGAGGACCAGAGGCGACUACAGGAGGUGAGAUUUGAAGUGGUGACCUCAGAGGCCUCCUACUGCCGGAGUUUGGACAUUGUUGUUGAACACUUUGUCAUGUCCAAACAGCUGGGGGCGCUGUUGACCACUCAGGAUAGGAACUGGCUGUUUUCCCGGCUGGCAGAUGUGCGUGCCAUCAGUAACAGUUUUUUGACAAAGCUGGAGGAGCGGGUGGAAUCGAACAUAUUUUCCUUCACCGUGUGUGAUAUCAUUGCUCGGCACUGUCCACGCUUCAAAAAGGUUUAUGUGCCCUACCUUACCAACCAGUCUUAUCAAGAUGCCACCUACCAGAGACUCAUGAAUGAGAAUCCAGGGUUCAAGCGGAUUGUGGAGAAAUUAGAGAAGAAUCCAGUUUGUCAGAGGCUUCCUCUUCGUUCCUUUCUUAUCCUUCCUUUCCAAAGGAUCACAAGAAUUAAGCUGCUGGUCCAGAACAUUGUGAAGAGAACAACUCCUGGUACUGCGGAGGCGACUCAGGCCAUCAAAUGUUUGAAACUUCUGGAAAAGCUGAUUCAAGAGAGUAACGACAGCAUCACUCAGAUGAAAAGCAUCGAGUCCCUGGUCUCUCUCAGUGCUAAGGUGGACUUUGACUGCAGGACUCUUCCUCUGAUCAGUCAGUCUCGGAGGCUGGUACGGGAAGGGCCGGUUGCUGAACUGAUGGAUUUCUCUAUAAAGGAAACAGAGAGGAAUGUUUACCUGCACCUAUUCAAUGACUACUUGCUACUUUCACUACAAAAAGAGGGGAAAUUCACAGUGAUAGACCACUCCCCUGUAUCAGACCUGCGUGCAGAGAACUGUCGUGUCAAACUUCACUCCCUCCAGAAGAACCUGUUCCGGCUGCACAUGACAAACCAAGCCCUGCUGCUACGCACCGACACACAGAGUGAUAAGCUACGUUGGAUGUCAGCUCUUUCCCGGCCACAUCCUGAAAUAGAUUUUUCUGCUGCACAAGAUAUGUCACAGAUGCAGUGUAUCCGAGCUUAUGUUGCCCAUCAGCCUGAUGAGUUGUCGUUGGAAAAAGCUGAUGUCAUUCUAGUGCACCAACAAAGCAGUGACAAUUGGGUAGAGGGGACCAGACUGCCUGAUCGACAUCGUGGAUGGGUACCCAAGUCCCAUUUAGAAAUCAUAAGCAACCCUAGAGUCCGACAACGGAACCUGUCAGAUGCACUCAAACUGACAACGGCCACAGCUGCUGUUUGAUCAGGACGCUCAGAGUGGGACUAAGCAGAGGGACGUCCUGGUUGCACCGGACAAGAGAAGACUAUCUAUCAGUUGUCUGCUUCAAACGGCUGGAAAUUGGACCAUAAACAUUCAGUGCUCUAAAUGAGUAUUGAAUUGUUCACAAGAGUGCAGCAACUGAAAAGAUGUAAGAAUGCAUCUCAGUCUAGUAUUGGGUCUCAAUUAUUUCACUGCGUGGAACAAUACAUUGCCUUAGAGCAAUGUGUGAACUGCUGAGGCCUGCCUGAAAGACAUUAUGGACAUUGUGAGUCCAUCCAACUGCUGAAGUACAUUACAAACAUUGUGUGUACUAUUAUACAUCAAUGAACUGGUGGAAAAUAGCUUAAAAGGGAAAUUGCCUUUUCAAAGAAAUUGUAUUUUUAUUGUAUUAUUAUUUGUGUAUAUUGAACAGAAUCUUAACAGUUGAGUGAAUGAUGCAUAUCUAUUAAAGAGAUGGCCCCUGCAUGCAGGAGAGCUAACAGAAAUCAUGCAAAAUGUACAAGACAAUUCAAAGAUGUACAGAGCUUACACCUGAGGACAUUUAAAAAAA